AUGGCGAAGCAAGUUUUUCGUCUUCCUCGCAUACAUUCAGCCAAUGCACUCCAAAAACCUAACAAUCAUUAUCCAGUCCCUCCUCCACCAUGUAGUAGAUUUCUGUCUUCUUCUUCUUCUUCUUCUUCUUCUUUAUCAUCAUCAUCAUCUGAUAAUCAAAAGCGUGGUGAACCAAAAAGAUCUCUUGGAGCUUCAUUACAAAACCUGAUUUUAAACAAAAAUUAUAAAGAAACCCUUGAUUUAUUUUCGAAAAUUCUUGAUUCUGGAACCGUUACUCCUGAUAGAUAUGCUUAUAAUAAAGCAGUUCAAUCAGCUGUAAAGUUAAGGGAUUUACAAAAAGCUAUUGAAUUCAUGGAAAUGACGAGUAAAUGGACACCGGAUUCGUUUACAUAUAACGUUGUUAUUGGUGGUUUGUGUAGAGAGAAAAGAAUGGAAGAUGCUGGUAACAUGUUUGUUAAAAUGCUUAACAAGAGAAUUAAACCGAAUAAGAUUACGUAUAAUACGCUUAUUGAUGGGUACUGUAAGGCGGGGGAUUUAGAUAAAGCUUUUGAGAUUAGGGAGAAAAUGAAAUGUGCAGGGUUUGUUCCUGAUUUACGUACGUUUAAUACUUUGUUAAGUGGGCUUUGUAGAGUGAAUCGGAUUAAAGAAGUUCUUGAAUUGUUAAAUGAAUUGAAAAUGCAUGGAUUUGUUCCUGAUGGAUUUACUAAUAGUUCUCUUAUUGAGGCGUUUUCGAGGCUUGGUGACUCUGAUGGUUUAUUGGCAGUUUCUGAAGCUAUGCUAAGUGAAGGAGUACAGGUUAAUGCGUAUACAUGUUGCCCUUUGCUGAAGGGGAUUUGCAAGGAAGGAAAAAUGAUGGAGGCUGAGGAAAUUUUGAACAAGUUAAUCGGUAAAGGAUUUGUUCCAACAAGGGUUGUUUAUAAUACGAUUGUGGAUGGAUAUUGUCGGGUUGGUGAUAUUAAAAAAGCUCUUUCUACAAUUGCGCACAUGGAAUCGGUCGGAUCGAAUCCAGAUUGCGUUACUUUCAAUUCUGUCCUUAACAGAUUCUGUGAGAUGAAGCAGAUGAAAGAAGCAGAAGAGUUGGUCAAGGAGAUGGAGGGGAGGCGAAUUUUACUAAGUGUCGAGAGUUAUAAUACCUUAAUCGGUGGUUACGGAAGGAAUGAACAAUUUGAGAGGUGUUUUGAGAUUCUUGAGGAAAUGGAAGAGAAAGGGCUCAAACCCAAUGAAGUGAGUUAUGGUUCUCUCAUAAAUUGGUUCUGCAAAAAGGGUAAGCUUAUUGAAGCUGAACUUCUUUUAAGUGAUGUGGCAAGUCGAAGAAUUCCUCGUGUGCAGAUGUAUAACAUGAUUAUUGAUGGUUACUGUAAGGCAAACAAUUUAGUAGAUGCUUUUCGGUUGUUUAACGAGAUGGAGACUGAUGAGGUCUUUCCUACCCUUGUAACAUACAAUUCUUUGAUAAAUGGGCUCUGCAAAGUGGGAAAUGUAUCAGGGGCCGAACAAUUGGUUUACUCAAUUGAAAGUAAAGGUUUUUCACCUGAUGUGAUAACAUACAACUCCUUGUUACAUGGGUAUUGUCAAGUUGGAAAUGCUCAAAAAGGUUUUGAGCUAUAUCAGAAGAUGAAGAACAGGUCUAUAAAACCUACCUUAAUUACUUACCAUACUCUUAUUACCGGGUUCGGCAAGGAAGGCAAUGUCCAAGAAGUAGAGAAGUUGUAUAAGGAAAUGUUAGAGAAGAAUCUGCACAAACCUUCAGUUUACAUACCAUUUGAAUGAGGAUACUGUAUUCUGAGUUGGUGAUGGUAGUCAGGCAGGCAUCUGUGUGGAAUGAUUGUUGGAUUUUUGAUACUAAUCUGGAUAUGAAGGGUCAGUCUUUAAUUCAGGAUGGUCAGUGGUGCAUCCCUGAAGAAAUGCUUGAAUUCAGGAAAGUUGGAAUUUGCUAGCCCUCAAUGGUGGUUGUGACAAAAGAUUUUGGGUUGGGAAUCUUCGAGGAUUUUUAAUUGUAUCAGCUGCAUAUCACAAAGUAAGGGAAAAACUUCCAAACUGUAGUUGGUAUUAGAAAAUUUGGACCAAAUGCAUCCACCCCUCAACUGCUAGCAAUGUGUGGAAGAUAGAGAGGUUUGUGCUUCUGAUGACAAUCUUAAGAAAAGGGGCUUUAAGUUAGUUAGCAUCAAGAUGCUGCUCGUGUAAGAAGGAAUUGGAAUCUAUGAAUCAGCAAGAUGCCAUCUUCUUUGGGAGUGGCUUGGAGGAGGGUUAAAGUGAUUAGAGCGGUGGCAUUGGUAUUAAGUUACCGUCUGGUCUAGCUAAAUUCGGAUUUUUUUGGUGGGGAUUCAGGUGGUGGUGUUAUUGUAGCGGAAUUUGGAGGUCUGGGGAUUGCAACAAAUUAUACCGCAGAGGUGAUUGCAGUGGUUAAGGCUCUCGAAUGGGCUAUUGAAGUUGGUCAAUUCAACAUUUGAAGUCAGUCUGAUUCUAGUGCAGUUCAGAUUGGUUCUUUGCCUAGGAUUGUUCUUCAUAGAUGCGCCUAUGUUAAGAUUUUAGUGGUUAGGUUUUCGCCAUGGAUUCAGAUAAGUCAAGUGGUUAGGAGUAGCUGUUGGCAGUGGUCAAGUGGGUGUCUAGCAUAAUAUAGAUUUUCACCUAUAUUAUUCAGAUUUUCGCUGGGUGUCUAGCAUAAAAAUAGGAGUAGCUCUUGGCAGUGGUCAAGUGGUUAGGCAUUCCUCUCUGUCCAGAUUUUCUUUCAAGGCUUGAAUGGCCAAUUGAGUCUUAUUUUCACUUCGGGUGAUUGUUGUUGAGUGGAAGUCCUUUUGAGUCUGUUUUUGUUCUUGUCCUUGUUACCAUUUGGUUGUCAUUUGGCUUCUCAUGAGCAAAUUUGAUAUUUCUACCUUACCAUACUUGGAUGGCAUUUCUAAAUUUU